AUGUCUGGGAAAUAUACAGGCCUUCAAGCUCGAAUAAAACAAGUUUGCCCUCAUGCUGUAUAUGUUCCAUGUUCAGCACAUUCUUUAAACUUGGUUGGAAAAUGUGCUGCUAAUUGUUGUUUUUUGGCUGAAGACUUUUUUAAUUUAAUUCAAAAUCUAUAUGUGUUUUUUUCUUCAUCUACAUAUCGAUGGCAAAUUUUAUCAAAGCAGUUACAGGGCAAUGUAACUAUAAAAAUGCUAUCGGGUACACGUUGGUCAGCACGUCAUGAUGCAUGUUUUAGCCUUUCUUAUAACUGGAAAGAAAUAAUCAAAGCACUAGAAGAAUUUGAAAAUAAUAAAUUGGAAAAACCACAAACAAGAUGCGAACCAGGGGUUUGUUAA